UUUGAAAUAGUUUGACAACCCUACUACCUACACAACAAAUAUAGUCAAAAUUCGAAAGAAUACAAGUUAAAUAUAGCACCUACUUUGAGCGAAAUGGAGAAGUUGGGAAAGGCGAAGGCAAAGGCGGCACGCGAGGAGAAGCAGAAGGAGCAGAAACUCGAGGAGUUGGUGUUAAAAUCACUCGAAGAGUGCACCACGCCCGAGGAUAAGGUGAAGCUACUGCUACAACGGCACGUGGAGAGCGAGAAAAAUGUGAGCCGGCUAACCGGCGAGGUGCGGGUCCUCCAGCGGCACAUGGAGUCCCAGCAGCGGGAAAAGGAGCAAGUGCAGCGGGAUCUCAAUAAGAGCGUUCUCAUGCGUGACAAGCUGCAGGAGGUGUGCCGCGAGCAACAGCGGAUAAUUAAGUCUGUGAAGAACGAGAGCAUGCUUCAGAUUAAGGUUGAGGAGGAACGCCGAAAGGAGAGCCAGACCAAGUUCCAGUCAUCCCUCAACGACGUACAGAAGUCCCUCGCCAAGAACAACGAGGAAAACAUCAAGUUGCGCGAUUACAACAUCGAAAUGACCAAAAAGUUAAAACUUUUGGCGGAGCAGUACCAGACGAGGGAGCAGCAUCUUGAAAAACUGAACGAGCAGGUGCAGCUUGAGGCCCAGCUGCACCAGGCCAAGCUCAACAAAGCCCAGGUCGAGGCUGCCAUGGAAAAGGAAAUACUCACCAAAGAAAACCAAAUCGGUCUGGAAAAGCUGCUGCAGGCGCAGCGAGCCAUCAAGGAUCUAACCGAGAGGGAGCAUCAGUUAAAGGAACAGUUAAAUAUCUACACGGCCAAGUACGACGACUUCCAGCAAUCCCUGCAAAAGUCGAACGAAGUAUUCGGAAGCUACAAGGUUGAGUUGGACAAAAUGUCCAAGCACACGAAAAAGAUAGAAAAGGAGGCUCUGGGCUGGCGACAGAAGUACGAAAAGGCCAACGCGAUGGUGAUUGAUCUUGCCACCGAGAAGCAGCUCUCUUCCCAGCAUACGGAUCGGCUACAGAAGCAAAUUCAGCAGCUGCAGAAAUUGCUGAGAGCCUUGCAGCAAGAAAGAACCACGCUGCACAAGAGCUUAAGAGAUAAUAACAUUGAGAUCCCCGCACUGCCACAAUUGCCGCCAGAGCCCGAGCCCGUAAAUGAAAAACCAACUCAAGACAAUGUCAAAAUGGAGAUGAUGUCUCGAAACUGUGCGGAACUGAAACAAACUUUGGCUAAUCUCCAAAACCAAAUGAAACUGCUCACGGCCACCGAAUCAAAAACCGCUCUUGAGGAGAAGAAUAAGGCGGCAGAAGAACAGCGACAGGCGAACAACGCCAAGAAGAACAUUCGCAAGAAGGAAAAGAAGUCCAAGGCGAAGGCAGCAGCUGCAGCGGCGGCCGCUGCCGCAUCAUCCACUUCAGAUGAGCAGCUCAGCUCUGUCCAGGAAAAUGCUGCAGUGGAGCUGCAGGCAGCUGGCGAUGCGAGCAAUGUAAAAAAGACCCAGGAGCAAACUGUUCAAACCGUGGCCGAAUCUGAGGCAAUCUCAAGCGAAGACUCCUCAGCGCCUCCGUUCGACAUAUCCGAAGUGCCUGCCCUUAUCGACGCCAAUGCGGAGUAAAGCCUUGUCGUUG